GCUUGGAUGUCUGAAACCACUUUUGCGUCUCCGUUUCCUUGUGAAAAGUGAAAACACCCCAUCCCCUCUUUUUCUUAGCCUCCCAACAAAUCCCAGAAAAACCCAGGGAAAAAAAAAGAGCAAAAAUGUCUUCUCCAAGCAAACGCCGAGAGAUGGAUUUGAUGAAACUGAUGAUGAGUGAUUACAAAGUGGAGAUGAUCAAUGAUGGCAUGCAAGAGUUCUAUGUGGAAUUCAGUGGACCGAAAGACAGUCCAUAUCAGGGAGGUGUAUGGAAGAUAAGGGUGGAGCUACCAGAUGCUUAUCCUUAUAAAUCUCCAUCCAUUGGUUUUACCAACAAGAUCUACCACCCAAAUGUUGAUGAAAUGUCUGGUUCAGUUUGUUUGGAUGUUAUCAAUCAGACUUGGAGUCCCAUGUUUGAUCUCGUCAAUGUGUUUGAAGUGUUUCUUCCUCAACUUCUUUUAUAUCCAAACCCCUCUGAUCCAUUGAAUGGAGAAGCUGCUGCUUUAAUGAUGCGUGACCGCACUGCCUAUGAACAAAGAGUGAAAGAGUACUGUGAGAAAUAUGCAAAGCCAGAAGAUAUCGGGGCAAAACCAGAGGAGGAAUCUAGUGAUGAGGAGCUGAGUGAAGAUGAAUAUGACUCCAGCGAUGACCAAGUUGCUGGAAAAGCUGAUCCUUGAUUGCAUUUAUUAUGCUUUCUAAUAAUCCGCCUCCUGUACAUGAUGAUGAUAUUCUGCUCCUGGAAAAUGAACCAACAGAACUGAAGGCAGAUGGAAAAAUUCCGAACCCUUCUGUCUUUAUUUUCCAUGGAUGAAGAUAUGUAAAUUUAUUAACAAGAUGCAUAAUGUAUCAGAUAUUCCGUACCAUUAAGACUAAAGCAUGUUGCUUUUCUAUUUUAGUAUGUUGCUGAUGUUUAUGGUG